AUGAAAACCGCCAACGACAUCGAAACCGAAUUGCCAGGAAGAUUGACCACUCCAAGACCAAAGUGCCCAGAAGUCACUACUCCGAAACCAAAUUGUCCAGAAGUGACCACUCCAAAGCCGAAUUGUUCAGAAGCGACCACUGCUAAGCCUAAGUGCUUAGAAGCCACAACUCAAAAAACACCUUGUCCUCCAAAACAAAUUUUAACAGCAAGUGAUUCUAAACCUAUAUCUGGAUACGGACCUACUGAAGCUCCUCCACUGAACUUAGUAGCUCAGCCCGCUCUUGGUUCUACCGUUCUUUAUUUUUACAAGCAACCCACAACAUUACCACCCUAUAACCCACCUGUUUAUAAUCCACCGGCUCCCGCAUAUUACAUACCGAAUACUCAGUUACCUUACGAAGAAACCACCCGAAGACCUAAGCCGCCCAUCUUACGUUUAAAACAGUUACUAUUCCCACGUCUAUAUGCAGCUUUUCAUCCUGAUGACUAA